AUGAAACCAGAAUCUGCGACACCCAAGUGCGUUUGUCAAGGGUGGCCACCACAGGAGCGGCCCGAUAUCUCCUUAAAUCUGGUGGUUGCAUUUCAGGUGACAGUGGACGAGGCUCAGCUGUGUCACCUGACACGAGACCGAGGCCGGAUCUGUCAUGUUCGCCGCCCACCGAGCCGAGGUCACCUACUGGCUGUGGUCGGUCACCACUUUCGACUUGUGAAACUUUAUGUUGUGUCGGCCAUGUUGGUCCCUCUUAAGUUUGUCCUGGCUCCUUUUUUCAAGGCGUCCUCAUCAAACGGGACCGUGAAUUUGGGUCUGAUUCACAAGGGAGACGUUCCAGCACCAUGCGAACCUGACAGCCGCCAUCCAGAAGACUCCCCGACCACCUCGGACCGUCCCGGGUCCAGCCCCGAUGGUGCGCUCUUCGCCAAGACUGCAGAAGGGUCUCGUAAAUCGCAGAGUUUCCCUCGUGAGACGAUGGAGCGGCUGCUGGCGGUCGCGCAGGAUCCGCCCGCACGGGACCAACCAGAAGGCCGAGACAAAAAAGGGACGCAAUCGGUGGAGGAAAUAAGAGCGGAAGCCUCCUGCCUCCUAAAGGAGGCGCUGGAGGCACUGGAGCAGGCCCUCCAGGUCCUGCAUGAGGUGAAAGAGCUCAGGAACCUCCAAUGCCAGCUGGAUCAGUCCCAAGACAGUCUCCAAGACCAGCACCAUUCCUCAACCUGA